GACUCUUCUCGGCGAUCGGCACCCGGUACCGUAGCGCAUCAGUCGAGCCGCAACCGUCGAACGGUGAAUGUCGUUACACGGCUAAUUUGAUUUUAAACGAUCUCGAUUUCCCGUUUGUUUUCUUCUACGUUUGUGCGUUUCAUACUUUUGGGUGAAACAAGUGGAAGGUGAACGAAAUGGCGAACAACAGGGCUACCAAGUCUGGAUUCGCGGCGGAAGCGCAGAGGAAGAUUAAUAGCAAGUACAGCGAGGAGCUGGCGCAGGAAUGUUUGGAAUGGAUCAAGACGAUCACUGGGGAGAACAUAAACACUAACGGAGACAUGGAUAAUUUCUACGAAAUACUGAAAGAUGGAGUCCUUCUUUGCAAACUGGUAAACGAUAUCAAGGAGGGAUCCGUGAAGAAGAUCAAUAAAACCACCUUGGCAUUCAAAUGCAUGGAGAACAUUAACGCGUUCCUCGAGGCCGCGAGACAGUUAGGUGUCCCAGCUCAAGAGACCUUCCAAACUGUUGACCUCUGGGAGAGACAAAAUCUCAACUCGGUCGUAAUUUGCUUGCAAUCUCUCGGUAGAAAGGCGGGUAACUAUGGCAAACCAAGCAUCGGACCAAAAGAAGCAGACAAAAAUGUGCGCAAUUUCACCGAAGAACAAUUGAGGGCCGGACAGGGUGUGAUUAGUCUACAAUACGGCAGUAACAAGGGUGCUAACCAGAGCGGCAUCAACUUCGGGAACACUAGACAUAUGUAAACUCAUUCAAUCCCAUUCUCAUCCCCGUUUCUUAUUUUAUUUUUACGAUAAACUAGACAUUUACGGACAAAAAAUUUCGUUGUACAAUGUUUCUUAUCGUGGUCCAAGUUAUUCACAAUCCUGAAUGGUGCACAAAACACGUUAAUACGCGUGUUAAAUGACUUUCUAUGCAUUUAAACUAGGUGAUAGUGAACUAUAAUGUGAAAUUUUUAUAUUCGUUUUCUCCUGCAGUCGAGAUUGAGCAAUCUCAAAAGUUGUACAUGUACUUUCAUGCUCAAUCCAUGAAAAUUAAGUCUAUUUCGCACGAUAGUAUAUUUAUACAUUGUUAAUGUAUCACAAAUGGUUCAAAGUCCAUUCUAUAAUCAGAGAACAAGUUAUUUCUAAAUGUUAAAGAUCAAAAGGUAUAUUAUACCACUGGUUACAAUUGGUAAGUCAUGGUGGUACCACAUUUGUUAAAUAUUACAGAUAGAUUAUAAAAACAGGGCUGCUGAUAUAGCGAGCUCACUCUGUUACUGUUACUAUGGAACCUCUUACGAGUUACAAUGUAACCAAAUUAUACUUUAACAAAAAUUCAUGUUGCACGUGAGACGAUAACUAUUAUAAUUAUUGUAUAAUGACAAAUGAAAUAUAAUUAUUUUAAGUAUUUUGUACAAAUAUUUUUUGAUGAUUAUAAAAAUGAUUUUUCAUAAUGUAUUGACAAUAUGAGUUAAUAAACGACCUACAGAUA